GACCUUGUGCAGCUGUGGGGGGGUGUCUAAGUGCGUUUACUGGAGGCGUUGUGCUGAUGUGAAGAAAUAGAUAGCAACCCCGCCCUUCCUCCUACUCUCGCUCCUCUGAAGCCUUCCAACUCUCCAAGCCUGCCUGGUUCAGAUCUCUUCCCCUACCAGCCGGUGAAGGUCAGAGUCCCAAGGCGCUACCGCCUCGCCAGUUCCAGAGCCCCCCGCCCCCAGCGCUCCCUUCCUCGCAACGUCAAGACCCGGGAUCUGUGCGGCUGUGGCUCUGUGAGCAUCCAACCCACCUUCAGCAUCGCCGCUGGUCUUCUCUCGGCAGCUUUUCCGUUCGUCACUAUGGAUAAACUGGCUGAUGCAAACUCGCAGUUUGCUCUGGAUCUUUUCCAAAAGUUGAAGGCAGACCACCCAACAGGCAACGUUUUCUUUUCUCCGCUCAGUUUAUCGUCCGCCCUGGCCAUGGUCGUCUUAGGGGCCCGGGGUAACACAGCCUCGCAACUCUUGAAGACACUUCAUUUUGAUGGUGUUGAAGACCUUCAUUCAGUAUUUCACGCGCUCAAUGCUAAAAUUAACCAGAGCAAUGCACCUUAUAUUCUGAAACUUGCUAAUAGAUUGUAUGGAGAAAAAACUUUCAACUUUUUGUCUGAUUUCCUGACGAGCACCCAGAAUUUGUAUGGAGCUGAAUUAUCCACAGUAGAUUUCUCAAAUGCUCCAGACAAGGCAAAAAAGGAAAUUAACCAAUGGGUUGAACAGCAGACUGAAGGUAAAAUCCCAGAGUUGUUACCUGAAGGAUCCAUCAAUGAAAUGACUAAAUUGGUUUUGGUGAAUGCUGUCUACUUUAAAGGCAGCUGGGCAAAGCCAUUUAAAGAAAAAGAUACUGAAGACAAGCCUUUUAGACUAAAUAAGACAGAAAAGAAGAAUGUGAAGAUGAUGUUUCUGAAAAAGAUACUUCCUUAUGGUUAUAUCCCUGAAUGCAAGUGUCAUGUGCUGGAACUGCCAUACAAGGGAAAGGAUCUUAGCAUGAUCAUCCUUUUGCCUGACAGCAUUGAGGAUAAUUCCACAGGCCUGGAACAGCUGGAGAAGCAGCUUACUUUGGAAAAACUGCAAGAAUGGACACAGCCAAAAUAUAUGAAAUCUGGCGCUGAAAUCCAUGUACAUCUACCUAAAUUUCAACUGGAAGAAAACUAUGAUCUUAACUCUUACUUUGCAGCAUUGGGGCUAGUAGAUGUGUUUGACAGUGGCAAGGCUGAUCUGUCUGGAAUGUCAGGAGCUCAGGAUCUCCAUGUGUCUAAAAUUGUUCACAAGUCCUUUCUGGAAGUAAAUGAAGUAGGCACUGAAGCAGCAGCAGCUACUGUUGUUACAGGUUUGGGUUGCUGUCUGCUCAUGGGGAAGGAUUUUAAUGCUGAUCAUCCUUUCCUAUUUUUUAUCCGUCAUAAUCCAACAAACGCGAUACUUUUCCUUGGUAGAUUUGCUUCUCCAUAAAGAGUAUUAUAAGUCAUAAAACCAACUACAUUUUUUGCAACUACAUCGCAAAAAAGGCUUUAAGAGUUGUAAACUUAAUCUUGCGUAGCUUCUUCUCCAAAAAACACUACGCUGCUAACCAGAGCAUAUAAAACAUUUGCUAGACCAAUUCUUGAAUACAGCUCACAAGCGUGCCUACCAUUCCUGUCCUAUUGUUUCCUUUCGUUAUAAUCAAUUAAUAUAGUUAUUACAUACUCAUACUUAUAUGUAUGGUUAUAUAUUGUAUAGUUAUUGUAUGCUUAUGCUUAUAUAUACUGUGUGACAAAAUAAAUAAAUAAAAAAUAAAUAAAAUAAAAUAAA